CUGCUGAAGACAUGACUGAGCUGCUGUUGGAAGAGAGCAAAAGCACAGUGAGAGUGAAGCUCUGGGAAUUUGAACUGGAAGACUUUGAUGAGGAUGUCAUACCUCUUCUCAGACUGGUGUGGGAGGUGAACAACAACAUGAAGAGGAGGGACGUUGAGUUUGAAGCCAGAAGGCUGCUCAACUCACCAGAGACCAUCCCUCCUCAGUUUCAACAUCCCAAGAUCAUCAGCCAGGCUCACAAGUAUGCCAAGAGCCUGACAGAGCAGCACCAGCAAAUCCGCAGCUCCAAACUGCUGUGCCCACGAGAGGUGGUGAUGGAGGUGGUUCCAAAAGUUGUGCAGGGCUUCUGGUUGCCUCCUCCAAACACCUCCUUCAACAUGCCCUCCAAGCAGCUGAGUAAAAUGGCUGUUGGAGUCACAAAAGCUGUUGAGGACCGGGUCUCCACUACUCUGCCCUCCAUGCUCCUUCAGGUCUCCUUCUCCCGCUUCAUCAGAAACGACGUGGUCCUGUCUAUCCAGGAAAAGGUUAGACAGGGUUAUACUAAAGACGUCCUAGUGAAGAUGCUUAACUGCUUUUCAGCAAAGGUGCUGAAAACCAUCAGUGAUGUAGCAGCGGCAGAGAUCUGUGUGCUGUUUCAGCCUCAGACUCACACAAAAGUGCCUCCAAAUCUGAAGCCCAGAGAGGACUGCACCCAGCCAGCAGAUGUGGUGGAUCUUGCAGAGGCCAAAACCAGCUCUGCUGUCAUGACUCCUCCACCUGCUCCUCCUACCCUCGCUACAACUCCUGCCAACACUGGCCUGGAUGAGGCAGAGGAACAAUCAAUGCCCAAUUCAGAGCCAGACUUUGCUGUGGUUCCAGCUCCACCACUCCCUCUGACCCCUGCUGCUCAACCUUCAGUCACUGCUUCAGUCCUUCAGUCCUCAGUGCCCAGCUCAGAACCAGACUCUGCUGUGGCUACAACUCCUGUCAUCACUACAGUGCAGGAUGACCAGACUGCCAGUGCUGAACCUCCUGACAAUUUUAUUGUCCACAAUGGUUUUAACAACAGCCUGGACAACACAGAGGAAGAGCCAACUUCAAGCCCACAACCAGACUCUUCUGCCCUUUCUCCUCCACCUGCUCCUCUUACCCUCAUUACAACUCCUGCCAACACCGGCCUGGAUGAAGCAGAGGAACAGCCAGUACCCAGCUCAGAACCAGACUCUGCUGUGGCUACAACUCCUGUCAUCACUACAGUGCAGGAUGACCAGAUUGCCAGCGCUGAACCUCCCGACAACUUUGUUGUCCCCAAUGGUUUGAACAAAAGCCUGGAAGAAGCAGAGGAAGAGCCAACUUCAAGCCUAAAACCAGACUCUUCUGCCCUUUCUCCUCCACCUGCUCCUCUUACCCUCAUUACAACUCCUGCCAACACCGGCCUGGAUGAAGCAGAGGAACAAUCAAUGCCCAGUUCAGAACCAGACUCUGCUGUGGCUACAACUCCUGCAGUUCCUGUGAGCCCCGCUGAUGAGUCUCCUGUCAUCUCUGCAGUACAGGAUGACCUGACCGCCAGUGCUGAAUCUCCUUCUAACUCUUCCAUCCACAAUGGUUUGAACAACAGCCUGGAUGAAGCAGAGGAAGAGCCAACUUCAAGCCCACAACCAGACUCUUCUGCCCUUUCUCCUCCACCUGCUCCUCUUACCCUCGCUACAACUCCUGCCAACACUGGCCUGGAUGAAGCAGAGGAACAGCCAAUGCUCAGCCCAGAAUCUGCUGUUAUUCCUCCUCCACCUGCUCCUCUGACCCCCUCUCCUGAACCUCCUGUCAACGCCGCCAACAACCCCAACACCCAGGGGCCAACAUUCAGUCCAGAACCAGACUCCACCUUUGUUAUUGCUCCCCCACCACCUGUGACCCCUCCUGCUGAUGAGUCUCCUGCCAUUUCUGCAGUUCAAGAUGACCUGAUCUUCAUGCAGCAGCCAGUCAGGGUGGAUGAGUCCUUCACCACCACUACAGAGGUUAAAAAGACAAAGAGGAGAAGAUUCAGCCGCUUCUUUGGUUGGCUGCGAAAAAACAUCUGUUGCUGCUUCCUGUCUGAAGACACAGAGGCAGAAUGACAUUUCCUCUGUAAAACACCAUUUUAAUGCUGCACUGCAGCCUUCUGUCUUUCAUUUUGAAUGAAUAA